UUGAUUUUCUGAUGGAGGCCUAUCUCCGCCGUUCUCAGAGAUACUAACACCAUUUGGACUGGAACGAAGAGAAAACACACUCUUUAAACAAACUUUAAAAUCCAAACUUUUAACUUAAAGUUCAUAUGACUCAGAGCAUAGCUCAGGUUGCUCAUAACUGCGUGAUAAGAGGAACAUGACCUUUGCACCAGUGCUGAACUGUCCUUCAGUCCCACUUUCUAAUGGUUUGCAGAUACCGAUACUUGGAUUAGGCACAUCACAUAAUGGUGGAUACUCCCAUGAUGCUGUUGUGUAUGCACUCACUGAGUGUGGUGUGCGCCACAUUGACACAGCAAAGCGCUAUGGCUGUGAGCAGGAACUGGGUAAAGCUAUCCGAGAAAGUGGACUAGCGCGAAGUGAUCUGUGGCUCACCAAUAAACUGUGGCCAGGAGACUACGGAUACAAAGCUGCAAAGAAGGCCUGCCUCGACUCCUGCUCACUGAUGGGAGUUGAAUGUUUUGAUCUGUACCUGAUGCACUGGCCAGACUCAUGGCAACCUGGUUGUUCGAACAGAGAGAUGAGAGCUGAGACCUGGAGAGCUUUGGAAGAACUUUAUAAAGAAGGGGUGUGCCGUGCUAUUGGCGUGAGCAACUUUCUGGUCCAUCACCUGGAGCAGUUAAAGGAAGACUGUAGUGUGACGCCACAUGUUAACCAGGUGGAGUACCAUCCUUUCCAGCAGCCCAUUCACCUGAUGGAGUACUGUCGUCGGGAGGGGAUUGCAUUUGAAGGGUACAGUCCACUGGCCAAGGGUCAGGUCCUCAGCGACCCCACUGUUCUCCACAUAGCAGAAAAGCACAGACGCACGCCUGCUCAGAUCUGCAUCCGCUGGAGCAUUCAGAAUGGAGUUGUCACCAUACCAAAAUCCAUCAACAAGAAGAGAAUACAGGAAAACUGUCAAGUGUUUGGGUUCCAGCUGGAGGAGGGGGACAUGGCCGCGUUAGGAAAACUGCAUGAUGGAAGACACGUUACUUGGGAUCCAACGAAUGUGGAGUAACACACGUCCAUCGACAUACCAUGCCCACAUUGCUUGGCAAAAUCUUCCAUAAUAAAGUUGUUGUCAUAGGGGCACUGUGUUUUUUUGGCAGCUCUAAACAAAGAACAUUUUUACUUUUAUUUUGAAAGAAAAUGCUUCUGGACCUUUCAACCAUACUGCACAGUCCCUUAGCAAUCUUGAGGAGACUCCAUCUGCUGGCAAAGACCGUGUGGCAUAGUUGAAAGCUCCAGAACAAGUAAGCGGACCUUAAGUCAAGAUUGUUCUGUCAACUGCUUUUUGUUUCUCUGACCUCUUCUGCUGUUCCUGUAACUGCUCCCAACACAAUGUCAAGAUGCACUGACCACACCCUGAACACACUUUACAUCAUUGCAGAAAGGUGAAAGCUUCACCACUGGAGGUCAGAAAAGAAGAGUUUCGGCUACUGCAAAGUUGCCCAUUAACUUGAACUGUUUUUUAAAAAAUAAAUAAAACAAUGACACAAACAUUUCAGAGUUAGCAAUAUCAUUUAAUCUUUCCCCCUCAGCUUAGAAUCACUGUUGUACAUAAGUUACAUUUUGUUUUCUCAAUUUCACAGGUUCAUUUUUUUUCCUCUUCAAACUUCCAGUUUGACCUCCCUCUCGUAUCAAACAAAAAAAAGCAGAUUGUAUUAUACAAAAAUGCAAACCAAUUUUCACACAGUGAAUUCUCUUACAAAGUCAUAAAAUGGCGUAAUAAUGGCUACAUCCACAUUGGAGGAAGAUAAUUCUAGACAUUCCUUAAUGGAGUAUAAUAUACAUAUAAAAACUUCUUUUUUCUUGCUGAAAUCAAACCUGUACCUUAAUUUAAGAGAUAUUUUACAAGGGAGUAAUCAUAUAAAAAAGCCAUUUGCGAAUUUCCCCAGAAAGUCAGGGAAUAAAAUGUGAGCCUCAAACAGCAGUAACAGAGUUCAGUGGUCAAGGGUGGGAGUGGAGGGGUUAAUUGGUUAUGUAAAUGAGGGCUAGAGGCAGCAGUUUCACUCAGAAACAAAAACACACAGGAGAUUGAAAUGAACAUUUCUGCUACUCAAUAUAUAGUAACCAUCCCCUAAGCCAUUGUGUGUCAGUUCUGCUGAGCUAAAGGCGUUUUAGGCUCAUUCAGACCUGCAUAGACCUAUCAGGUAGAAUCAACAUUGUGAGAAUUUUGGUUGACUUGCACUUAAGAGAGAAUGAGAGAAAACAUUGAAUUAACACCAUUAAAUGUUGCCAAUUCAUGGCCAAACCCCAUUUUCUCUUUUUCUAAGUCAUUAUAAAUUAAGUUUCUGAAAAAUGUAUGACCGCAGAAUUAAACUCUGUUGCCAAUUUUGUGUGAAUAGUUGUCAAAGAGAAACUAAAUCAUUGUGUCACUCUUGUAUCUCACUUGCUGUUGAACUCACAUCAGGUCAGUUGAUGCAUUCAAGACUGUAAGACUUGCAGGUCAGUAAAUUCACUCAACUACUGCAGAAACAAACAAAAAGAAAGAACAGACAUUUCCUUAAAAAAAACUAAACAAAACAAUAAAAUAACCAUUUUGCUUCAAACCUUGAGAAAUUUGUGUUAUUGCAUUGUAGCUGUUUUGUAUGACAUUUUCAAAAAGAGGGAUGGGUCUGCUAGAGUUCAUCUGUAUGACUCUAAAUCAUGCCAAUUCCGUCACCCCCAGUUAUCUCAUGCUCCUAAAGCAGACGGGGUAAAGGAGCAUUACAAGAGGAUUUAAGGCCAACCUUUCAUCAGAGUAUCCUUGGUGGGGGUGUGUGGGUGGGGGGAAAUCCCAACACUUUUCUAAUACCUCAACACUAUCACCCAGUACAGCACACUUUGAGGGGAAAAAAGAAAAACUUAGUCAGGGUACAUUUUCUACAAUACAAUCUAGCACACACAAAACUUCUCCAUAAAUUUUCCAAAGUUACAGAAUUUUGUCUUCUUUGGAAGCAUAGUCUAUAAAGAACAUCUUUGUUUGAACACAAACGAUUAAGUGAACACACAUCAAUGCGCACAGAAGUCCUUCAUCUGGGAAAGGAUAAAGUCUGUGUUGGCAACCAGUGGACAGAAAAACAAAUCAAACAACAAGAAAAAAAAAAAAAAUUUGCUGAUUCUUAGUAGAGAUCAUUUAAUAUAAAUGCUGAGCGAGUAGAAUAAGAGGUGGCACGUUAAUAGUGCUUUAGUAUAUUAAUGUAUGUAUACAUACUCAUAUGUAUAAGUGAGCUGUGUACCUAAACAAUAAAUGUAGCGAGAAAAUCCAGAGGCUUGAAGUGUGGUUGGAAAAACUAAAAAAGAAACAAAAAAAGAAAACCCGAAACAUCCACUAUCAUGGUGCUGACAACUUGGAAGAGAUGCCCAUCAAGCAACCCAGAUGAGGAUGGAGGACACAAAAACAUUUGUGUCUUUCUUUAAUUGACUCAUCAGUUAUCAGGGAUUUGUCAAACUCUGUCAGUUUCUCAGUACCCCUCGUCUGACCGAAACGGAGGCUCGACGUUAAACUACAAUGACUUGACCCCAGAGCAUUUCCUCUAUCCUUCAACCGUUCAAGCACAAGGGCUCACUCGCUCUCAGCAGAGCUGUCAAACUGUUGCUGAUCAUGCUAAUUGUUUACAGAAGGCAAAGAGCUCCACGUAGAGCAUCAGCAGUAAACAAUUUACACGAUGCAGAAAGAGCAGUAAUAAUGGUAAUGAUGGUGAUGAUGACAGCAAGCUAUGAAGAGAAAAAUGUGAUAAAGUGAACAGAAUAUUGUACUAACCACUAAAGAUCGUUAAAUAUACUCAAUGCAAUAAAAAUUAUCAAACCUUAAGUUUGUUUUACCCCUCAGUAACCAACACUAUUAUCCUCAGCUGUAAACAUGAUUUCAAAUGCACUGUGUAGCUAAAAACACUACAACAGUCAGUGACUUUUCUAAGACUACAGAUGUUAAGUCUAGGUUUUGCUCCAAAUUUAACCAUUUCAUGACAGAGAGAAGGAUGUGCAUCCUGUUGAGCUCUAGGUGCCUUCACUAGGUAAGCUUCGCCCCCCAAAAUCGUAACAACGUAAAGCAUGAAAAAAUAAAACAAAAAUUUAACAAAAAGACACAAGGGAAGGCAACUUCAUAGAAGUUAGGAGAACAAAUGACAAGAUAAUCCCAAUGGGGAGGCCUUUUGUGUGGCCAGAUAAGAAGCACUGAGGAGGGAAAUCCUUGUUUAUUUUCCCUGACUUUAUAAAGUUUACACUCAUUCACCUGACUCCUGAAGCAGGAAGAUGUACUCUCAAAGCCAGAUCAUGUGCAUUCACUCAAAAAAAAAACAAAAAACAA